CUCCUCUCUCCUCGCAUUGGGAACUUUCUCUUUAAGUACUGAAUAUGUUACUGUUUCUGCAUAGAAACUGGAGUGGGAAAGAGCGCGUGGUAGAGAGAGAGAAAUACAGAGAAAGAGGGUUUUAUGGGUAUUUGUCUUCUUCUUGAAGUUGCAGGUUUUUGGAGUAUUGUGUCGGGCGGGGGUGUCCCAUUUCUAUAUAGGACUCUGAAUUUUUAGUUUUGGUGGGUUUGUUUCAACAUUUCAAUGGGAAAUAAUUGAAUAUAAUUGUAUAAAAAUAUUCUUGUUUCGUUUGUGUGAGAUAAGCGAGUGCUAAGAAAAUCUCUGGGUAUAUAUAUAUAGUUCAGUUCUUGUAUGUAUACAUACUCUGUAUUAAGUUAGACAAGAGAGAUUUGGGUAGGAGAUCACAAAUCAUCAAGAACUGUAAUGGACGCCAACAUGAGCUUUUCACAUGAUAUGGAUGAUGAGUAUGAGAAACUCUUUAGAAGAUUGAAUCCUCCCAGGGUUGUGAUUGAUAAUGAAUCUUGCAAGAAUGCAACAGUAGUAAGGGUAGACAGUGCAAACAAACAUGGAAUACUUCUUGAAGUUGUACAAGUCCUUACUGAUCUUAACCUUAUCAUAACUAAAGCCUACAUAUCUUCUGAUGGUGGUUGGUUCAUGGAUGUUUUUAAUGUUAAGGAUCAGGAUGGAAACAAGAUCACUGAUGAAGCAAUUCUAGGUUAUAUUCGAAAGUCUCUGGGGCCAGAGUCGUGCUUUGUAUCUUCUUUGAGAUCUGUUGGGGUUAAACCAUCUAUGGACCACACUGCAAUUGAGCUAACUGGAAGUGACAGGCCAGGUCUGCUAUCUGAAGUGAGUGCUGUUCUGGCUCACCUAAAAUGCAAUGUGGUUAAUGCAGAGGUCUGGACACACAAUACACGGGCUGCAGCUGUGAUGCAAGUAACUGAUGAGGAGUCUGGGUCUGCAAUUACUGACCCAGAGAGGCUAUCCAGGAUUAAGGAACUUCUCUGCAAUGUACUCAAGGGCAGUAACAAAUCUAGAGGAGCUAAGACUGUGGUGUCUCAUGGGGUCACUCAUACAGAGAGAAGGCUUCACCAAAUGAUGUUUGCUGAUAGAGACUAUGAACGUUCUGACGAUGAGGUCUUGGAUGAGAAUCAAAGGCCUAAUGUGAGUGUAGUUAAUUGGUAUGACAAGGACUACUCAGUGGUCACCAUAAGGAGCAAAGACAGGCCAAAACUCCUUUUUGACACAGUCUGUACUUUGACAGACAUGGAGUAUGUAGUUUUUCAUGCCAAUAUUGAUGCUGAGGGGCCGGAGGCUUAUCAGGAAUAUUAUAUCAGACACAUAGAUGGAUCCCCUGUGAAAUCAGAUGCUGAAAGGCAGAGAGUGAUACAAUGUCUUGAAGCAGCUAUUGAAAGAAGAGUUUCUGAGGGAUUGAAGCUAGAACUAUGUACAACGGACAGAAUUGGGCUGCUAUCUGAUGUUACUCGCAUCUUUCGAGAAAACAGCCUUACUGUGAGCAGAGCAGAAGUGACAACUAGAGAUGGCAAAGCUAUCAAUACAUUUUAUGUUCGUGAUGCGUCAGGUUAUCCAGUUGAUGCUAAAACCAUAGAUUCCAUCAGACAAGUAAUUGGCCAGACAAUACUUAAGGUGAAGAGCAAUCCUGAAGAGCUAAAGUCAGGAUCUCAGGAAUCACCCACUAGGUUUCUCUUUGGUGGUCUCUUCAAGUCAAGAUCUUUUGUCAACUUUGGAUUGGUUAGGUCCUAUUCCUGAUAGUAUUUUAGCUCACUUCCCCAUGUACAUUAACAUAUGUGGGAAUGAAAUGUUUAGGAACAGAGCCAUUUGUCUCAAGGAAGUAGAGAAAGCUGUAUAUUCAACCCUUUACUUCUCAUCAAGUUUCAUUUGUUACCGUUGGAUCCAAUCUGAUGUUGGAGCCAUGAAAAAAAGGCAAUAGAAAAUUACCAUAUUGAGCUCUGAGUUUUAACUUUUGUACAUAAUAUUUCUUAUUCUUCUAGUUCCAAUUGACCAUCUGACUGUUCUGUUCACUGUUCAA